UAAGAUCCUUUGCAUAAUGAUUAAUUCCGCUUUUGUAUGUAUUUCUUUGUCGUAUUUGAUUUGAAAAUAUUACGUUCACAAACUUUUAUUUUGACAUCCGUUUUAGCAGGACCGGAUGUCAAGCCAAAAUUUGGGCUCGUUUACUUUGUUUCUAAACCAUUAAAUGUGUAUUAUUUCACUAAAUAGCACGCCUAUUUAAUGCGUAUCCACAGAUGACAUAUUAUGUUGUUUUAAAAGCUGCUUUAAAAGGGAAACGUCAGUUCGCAGCACUUUAUGAGCGCUGGGCUGCAUCCCAAAUCACAUGCAUUCAUACUAAGAAGUAUGACAAGCUAGUAAGCUGACAUUGGCGCGUUACUUCGUUUGACAUUUUUAGUGCGUAGAGAGCGGUUUGGGACACGGCCCAUGAGCAGCCGUUAUUAUGUUAACAGUGCAAAGAGUUGUUUUAUCCUCACGGCCAGGGAAAAAUGGCGCUCCAUCUCCUGAUAACUUCCGUGUGGAGGAGACGAGUUUGUGCACUGAGCUGAAACAGGGAGAAAUCCUCGUCAGGACGCUGUAUCUGUCUGUUGACCCCUACAUGCGUUGUCGCAUGAAUGAUGAUACGGGUGCCGAUUAUCUGCUACCAUGGAGGCUUGAAGAGUGUAUUGAUGGAGGUGGAGUUGGUGUGGUGGAAGAUAGCAAGAACUCACAUCUGGCCAUCGGUGACAUUGUCACCUCCUUCAACUGGCAUUGGCAAACUUGUGAUGUGAUUGAUGGCAACUCUGUAGAGAAGGUUAACCCCAGUAUGGUUGAUGGCCACUUGUCAUAUGUUCUGGGUGCAGUAGGCAUGCCUGGACUCACUGCUCUGCUCGGAGUGAGAGAGAAAGGACAUGUGAUUCCCGGGGCUCGACAGACCAUGGUGAUCAGUGGAGCAUCUGGAGCUUGUGGAUCACUUGCUGGACAGAUCGGCAGAUUGGACGGCUGUGAGAGAGUGGUUGGGAUCUGUGGAUCAGAUGAGAAAUGCCAGACGCUGGUGUCGCAGCUCAGGUUCACAGCAGCUGUGAAUUAUAAGAAGGGGGACGUCUCGACAGCACUGAGGGACUGUUGUCCCAAUGGAGUGGACAUCUACUUUGACAAUGUCGGAGGUCCUAUUAGUGACACAGUCAUAUCACAGAUGAACAGCAGCAGUCACGUGAUCCUGUGUGGGCAGAUUUCUCAGUACAAUAAAGACGUACCCUACCCGCCUCCACUGAGCGAGGAGACACAAGAAACUCUGUGCCACAAAAAUAUUACCAGGGACAGGUUUAUGGUUCUGAACUACAUGGAUAAACAUAAGGAAGGUCUGGAGCUGCUGAGCCAGUGGGUGAAGGCUGGCCAAAUUAAAGUGUUAGAGACUGUGGUGAAUGGAAUAGAAAACAUGGGUGUGGCCUUUUGCUCUAUGAUGUCUGGAGGCAACAUUGGAAAACAAAUUGUUAAAAUUUCAGAUUGAGCCACGUCACCUGCAGAGGAUGCUGUUUAUCCCCCCCCCCCCUUCAAGCAGCUUUGUAUAUCUUAUUUACUUUUCAGUUUCAAUUACUAUAAUAUAGUAUACUAUUACUGUAUUAUAGUAUAAUCUUACCCUGCACUGGAACACUAAAAUGUCAAAUGUUUUGGGACACCAAACCAAUUCAUUGAAUUCAGGUGCUGCAUUUCAGGGGGUUUGGCUUGGCCUCUUAGUUCCAGUGAAGGGAACGCUUAAUGCUUCAACAUACCAAGACAUUUUGGACAAUUUCAUGCUCCCAACUUUGUGGGAACAGUUUGGGGAUGACCCCUUCCUGUUCCAACAUGACUGCACACCAGUGCACAAAGCAAGGUCCAUAAAGACAUGGAUGAGUGAGUUUUAUGUGGAGGAACUUGACUGGCCUACACAGAGUCCUGACCUCAACCCGAUAGAACACCAUUGGGAUGAAUAAGAGCGGAGACUGAGAGUCCACAAAGUUGGGAGCAUGAAAUUGUCCAUAAUGUCUUGGUAUGCUGAAGCAUUAAGAGUUCCUUUCACUGGAACUAAGGGGCCAAGCCCAACCACUGAUAAACAACACCCGAGUUCAAUGAUUUGGAGGGGUGCCCCAAAACCUUUAGCAAUAUAGUGUAUAAGUGUGAUGUGUCUACAUAACACUAACAUGUAUAUUGAGAACAUGAUGAUCAUGGUGUGCUGUGGUGGACGCUGUCUUGAAAAUGGUUCACAUGAAGGUCAGGUCUACUUAAAUCGCAGCAAAUGAGCUGUUUUUUCUGGAAAACAUGUCACUAAAAUAUUUUUUUCCCCAACAGUCACUAAUCACACUGAGAACAUUGCUGUUUUUCUUGGAUCAUAGUAAAAAGGCUGUUUGUGCCUGAAAAUUAACUUUUUUUUUAAAUGUUUUAACUGCAGAAUCAUAGCAA